GUAAGCUUUUUGAGAGGGCAAAAAGAAAGGGUUAUACAAACAUGGGAUGACUCUAUUAUAUACACUGGACAGGCAGGAUUCCAAAUUAUGAUGGAGAAAGAUGGAAUAAAAAUCCCUGUUUUUAGAAGUCUGUGACUUAUUUAGUUUGCUGCACCACCUGGCUACUGGAAAGCUGGUUCAAGGAUGUAUUGCUAUGCUGUGCUCCAAAAGCAAGCUUUCUUGGGAUCCUGAGCCUGAGACAUUGCAUCAGGUAGCCCAAUAAAAGCUAUGACCUCUUUCUACCAACUUUUCCUCUCAUCUAUCUUUAAGCCACCUCUGCCACAAUAUAACUUAUCCUUCUCUUCUAUUCCAUCACAGUAAAUCAUUUAAAUAAAAGAGUUCUCCUGUGCUUCAUCCAGUAAUAGCCUAACUGUAUACCCUGCUGCUCCCCCUUAUGAAAACAAUCAAUACUGUCUUGGGAAUUUGCCACUGUUAUAUUUCCAACAGCCUAAUGUGAAUCAAGCAAUUAAAUGCUCCCCAAAUAUUUUCUAGAGGAGUGCUUUGAGGUCCUGUCAUUAAGCAGCCGAGUAAGAUCACAUAUUUUCUGGCAUGUUCUAUUCCCAUCAUGAUGGCUGCUCCCUGUACAUAACUACUGAGGUGACAAAUACCUUGUAAAGCCUGAAGCAGUUUAGAUGGAUUAAAUACUCAGAGGAGUAUUUAAUAUUUUAUUACUGAAAGGUUUUAUAAUACAGAACUCAAGUUCUUUCACAGUGUCCAGGAGUCAGGCUUCCUCAGACACGGAAUAUCAUUAAGCCUUUGGCAGUUCUGUCAGGCUGUGGAUUUCAGGCAUGCCGAGGAAGAUGACUAAAACCAAAGUAGUUUUUUUUUGAUUCAGCUGUCAGACAUGGGUUGCCUCAAAGCUAGAGUUAGAGGUCGACACCCCAAGUACAGUGCCUGUUACGUGUCUGGAGGAAAUCCUUCUCCAGGCUACACUGAGCAGAUGUUCCUCUCACUCCAAAACGUGUCAGUCUUGAUGAGAGGGGGAAGGAGAUGUGGCUUCAUCUUUUUAAAGUAUGUGCAGGCAGCAUUACUAAAGCAAGUACUUAUAAAAGUUCUCCGUUGGCUUCAGUCCAUCAAAUUAAAACAGAAUUAAAAUAAUUUUUGCUUCGUUAGUAGUCUGGAAUACAGUAGUGAAUCAAAAUACCAUAAAAAUCAAUGGAACCUUAAAUGUGUGGUCAACCUUUGUAAGGAGUUGAAAACAAAGGGGUCACUCCAGCAUGUAAUGAAUUGCCUGGUGGCAGCUACAAACAGGCUGCCAUAAAACUGAUGCUAUUCACAUGUGUUUCCAAAACAAAUGAUCUGCAGACAAUCCUAACCCUACCUGUUGUAUGUUUGAUGCAGAUUUUGCAUGUAAAGGAUACCUGAAGUCUGAAUGGCUUCACGCAGCACCUCUGGCCAAGGUGACAGGAUGCAGAGGGACUGUGGAGCCACUGCUUGGUGGACUUCCCAUUGCCAGGUUCUGCAGCUGAGGUUAGGCAGCUUUGCAGCCUUACUGGACAGCUAGAGCCUUCGGGACGUUAAGAGACUUAGCUGUAACUCUUAAUAAUCACUAAAGUGUACUUUUGAUAAAUCUAUAUAUUUGCCUGUUCAAAAAAAGUUGCUGAACCUUAAAUUUAGUUCAUUAGCCUGUUGCAUAACCAACCUGUUCUUGACAUGAACUCAUGAUGAUAUAUAUACACAUACACACUAUGUAUAGAUGUUCGCUAUGUAUAAGGACUGUAAAAUUCAAUGUAUGUAGAAGAUAUACAAAGAGGAAUGAAACCUGGUUUCUAGGAGGCAAUGAAAUGUUUACAUUAUUGAUGCCUAUAAUUAAUUAAGCACUGGGGAUCAUUGACAGGUUCUGUUAAUCUUCUGGACUGGAGAUGCUCUACUUCCUAUUUUUCAAGUGGCAUCAUCAUUUUAAAAGCUAGGGAGGGAAUGUAAGGUACUCCCUCAGGAAAAGAUUCAAAUGAACUUCCUGAUUUGAGGGGAAGAGAAGAUGUAAAUCCAAACAGAGAUCCAGAGGAAGAUUAAAUGUAAAGCCUACAUGCUUCCUCUAUUGUUUGUUUUCUUCUUUGAAGGAAAAUCUUGGGGUGGACAUGUUUGCAUAAGAACUGGUGCUCUCAUCUUGAGGUAGGUAAGCAUGCCAGUAGCAUGACAGGAUGAUACCCAGAAGAGAUUCACCGAUGAUACACAGAGCAUGGUGAGACUUCUGAGGUCUAGACAGGCAGAAAAGGGGUUUUCCUUUUGUUUCUGCUCAUCUGACUCUAAAGCCAUUGUGUCUGUCAUACCCACCAUGUAAGCAUGUAUUUAAAUUCUACUUUGAGAGGUCUGCUUUUCAGAGUGAUUUUAUGAGUGAAUUUCUUUCUUAGAGAUGGGGUGAGCCUUUAAAUGGAGGUACAGCUCUCAAGGGUAUACGAGGAAGAGCUCCCUCCAGGCUGAUCAAACACAGGGCUCUGCUGCAAAAUACAAAUCUUCUGGUGAUCAGAAAGUCCAGGGACUCCUUGGCAUUUAACAGGUUGAUAAGUCUUUCCAGUCCUCAUAAGUUUCCAAGACACUGGUAUUGUUUUUUGAUUUUAUUUUCGAGCCUGUCUCUUGUGGCUCAUUUUCAUUUCUGAAAUUUAUCUUCAGGUUUGAAAACUGUCAUUUAUUCAUUUUCUUUUCCUGCUUUCUUCCCCUCAGGUUUCAAUAACAAGAACCAUUCUGCCACCGGACAGUACAGGGAGCAUCGUAGCCUGGGUGUUCCUGCCUGACACCUACAUCCGGAUGUCACUCACCGUAGUGAUCUUACUCCUGGAUUCAGAAGGAGAAGCUGUGAAACCCUGCCAGCUAUUUUGUCAUCCUUGUGAAUUAUGCAGCUGAAGGAGCAUGGCUUGCUGUGCAUUACAAAUCACCGGGCUAAUAUUCGGAGGUGUGGGCAUGGUCGGGACUUUGGCAGCUACAAUUAUGCCACAAUGGAGAGUUUCUGCCCACAUUGAGAGUAACAUCGUGGUGUUUGAGACUGUCUGGGAAGGACUGUGGAUGAACUGCGUCAGCCAGAUGGGCAUCAGGCUGCAGUGCAAAUUCUACAAAUCUAUCCUGGCUCUCCCCGCAUCCUUAGAGGCGUUCAGAGCCCUCAUGUGCAUUGCGGUGCUCCUGUCAAUCAUUGCCUUUUUGUUGGCUGUUGUCGGUGUGAAGUACACUCGCAGGACCAAGGAGAAUACCCAGAGCAUCAGUAUCUUCAUCCUGGUAGCUGGAAUUGCCUUUCUCCUGACGGGCAUCCUUGUUCUGAUCCCUGUGUCCUGGACUGGCGGCAGCAUCAUUCGUGACUUCUAUAAUCCAAAAGUCCCUACACCACUGAAACGAGAACUGGGAGCUGCUCUCUAUGUGGGCUGGGUGAGCGCUGCACUUCUCAUCGCUGCGGGAGCAAUGUACUGUAGCUUCUGGUGCUGGGCUGGUAAAUCCCCCAAAUCCAGGUAUCCAUCACUUUCCCCCAACAGAUUGCACAAACCUGGCUCUGCAGGAGGGCCAUCUGUAAGCAUGCAGGCAUAUGUGUAGCUGCUACCUGUGAUCUUUCUGCUUAGCACGUUGAUAUUUACUGAUUGAUUCAGUACCUAACUAAACUGUGAGUCUGUAAUGGAGGAACAAAUUCUUAAUUUGCUAUUUACUAUUAACAUGCAUAUCUGCUCUCUAACAUGAUUACAGGAAAUGUUAUUACAUGGGCAUUAUGUUAGACCUCAGCCAGAAGAAAAAUCUCACUAUUUUAUAGGAAUGAAAACUGGCAUGGGAACAGCAGUAGCUAGGAGCCCCUCACAGAAGACUAACAGAGAAUGGCUGGGCAAGAAGGCAGGCAGCUAUUGUGCAGUAGUACCUUUGCCCUCCCCUAAACCUGUGACGUGCAAGGAGAGCAGUGCAUUUGUUCUAAGGUAAAGUCUUUGCCAGGACUGUCCCAGGACAGUGAUGAGAAGCAUGGAGUUGGCAGCAUGGUGGAAGCAGUUGCUGAAUGACUGGAGAAGUCCCCAGUGAUCUUAUUUUCAAUAUCAGCACACAAAUGUUCAUGCUCCCCUGUUAGAGAUCUUCGUGAUUGACUAUGUGUUUCACAGAUGCUUGCAGAGGUGAUGUAUCCUUCUUACCUCUUCUGCAGGGCACAAAAUCCAUCUCGUGGAAUAAUAAAUUUUUUAUUCACUUCACCAGCCUUUGUCAUGAAUAUAUUAGCUUUCCGUUGCUUAAUACCUCCCAUCUUUAAUGGUUUCUCCUGUUCUAUAGAUAGCAUCUCCUCUUCUAUAAAGUUCAGGACAGACUACCUGUCUUUAUGCACUUUAAAGCACCACAGUAAUGUCAAGUAUAAUUAAACAAGCCAGGCAAAUGUAAAUGUUCAAUCCCCACUUGCCCGUUGGGGGAUCAAGAGUUCCUGCCUACAUCUUCCAUCAUGCUCACAAAAGCCAAGCCCCAAUGUUGUUCUGACUGCUUUGUGUUUGCAAGAUUCACUUUAAAGCAUGAGCCAAGCAGUAUGAUGCUUGUCUGUCCGAUGUGCAGGAUCCAACAGUAUUUGCAGCUUUUUUUUUUUUUUUUUUUUUUUUUUUUUUUCACAGCUGAAAACUUGGAACCUGCUUUUGAAUGCAUGCAUAUCACAAUAUUGAUAAGUGACCAAAGAAGUUCCACUUAAAAACAGCUUUUCUUGUUCUUCACACAGGAGUAAUAGAUACUAUCAUUUCAUUGAUAAUUUAAUGACAGAUAGACAGUCUGAUCCUUUUCUAUGUCUUUGACUGGUAAUCUGGAAACCAGGUUUAAUGCUUUUUCAAGUUGUACAGAGCAAUGCCUCUAUAUAUUCAUUCGACUGUUCAAUUUGAAGAACAUGGAAAGCUGCAUUUAAUUAAUAAAGCCUUUUCUUAACUUGACUUCAGAUGAACCUAAAUGAAACAGUGCCAUCAAACAUGGAUAUUCAUGAUAUAUAUUAGCUAAUGUUCAUUUACACUUAGGGCAAGCCAUCUUUUGGUGGGAAUUUUCUAGUCACCAUGAAACAGGCUUAAAGUAUCCUGCUCAUCACUUGAACUGUCAAAUCAGCACUUAUUAAUUCCAGAUAAGCCUUUAAGAGAACAUUUGUAAAUAGAUUUUCUGGUUCUAAAGUAUAUAUUUUAAUGUUGCCUUAUAGCUGCUGAUGCUACCAUAUUUAUGGUACACACAGUGCCUGUCACAGCAGCUCUCAUUGGGCCAGACUGCUCAUUUCAAUGGAAUUAUUCUUCUGACUUUGGUUAUAGUUUAUACUGACCUGAAGAACUUCACCUGUUAUUUUAUUGUAUUUGUGUCCUAUAAUACAUAUUUUGUUUAAUAAAUGUUUGGUUUGUGAGCCAGAA